AUGAUGGACGAGAGCAAGGAGGGGCUGCUCAGCCCUUCCCAGCGUUACCACCAAUCAUCCGUCGACCCCGAAGCACGCCGUUCCCUCUCCUCUGACGACGGCUCUGAUCUCGAUGCCACCGACUUCCUGACCACCGACCCUCUUGCUGGUCGUCGUCCUUUUCGAAACCGCUCGCGAUGCUGCAUCAUCACCUGCGCAGCCGUGCUCAUAAUAUGGCUGGUCCUCGGGGCUGGAGGGGCGACUAUCUAUACCAAGUUCCAGGCGGCGCCCGCUUACGGGCAGUCCCCACCGUGGUACCCGACGCCCAACGGCGGUAGUGCCUCUGGUUGGGCCGAGAGCUACAGGAAGGCCGCUGCCAUGGUGCAGAACAUGACCCUGGCCGAGAAGGUGAACGUGACCACGGGCACGGGUUGGAUGAUGGGCCUUGCAGUCGGGACCAACGGGCCUGCCGUGCACGUCGGUUUCCCACAGCUGCAGCUCCAGGAUGGACCUCUCGGCCUGCGCUUCGCUGACAACGCCUCGGCCUUCCCCGCAGGCGUGACAGUCGGCGCCACCUGGAAUAAGGAGCUGAUGUACUCUCGUGGCAAGGCACACGGGAACGAGGCCCGCGGCAAGGGCAUCAACGUCCUCCUCGGGCCCUGUGUCGGUCCCCUAGGACGCAUGCCAGCUGGAGGUCGGAACUGGGAGGGCUUUGGAUCCGACCCAUACCUCCAGGGAAUCGCGGCAGCCGAGACGAUCAAGGGCAUUCAGUCCGAGGGCGUGAUGGCCACCAUCAAGCACUUUGUGGGGAAUGAGCAGGAGCACUUCCGACAGCCCUGGGAAUGGGCCUUGCCCAACGCCAUCUCAUCCAACAUUGAUGACCGAACGCUACAUGAGCUCUACGCCUGGCCUUUCGGCGACUCUGUCAGGGCAGGUGUUGCGUCGGUCAUGUGCUCGUACAACCAGGUCAACAACUCGUAUGUCUGCCAGAACUCGAAGCUUCUCAACGGCAUCUUGAAGGACGAGCUCGGCUUCCAGGGCUUCAUCAUGUCAGACUGGGGCGCACAGCAAUCAGGUGUGGCCAGUGCCCUCGCCGGCCUCGAUAUGACCAUGCCGGGCGAUGGAGCGCGCUUCUCAGACGGCCUGUCCUAUUGGGGACCCGAGCUGACGCGGUCCGUCAUGAAUGGAUCUGUGCCCCUGGAGCGCCUGAACGAUAUGGUGUCCCGAAUUGUUGCUGCGUGGUAUCAGCUCGGUCAAGACGACAAGACCAAGUUUGAUGGCCAAGGGCCCAAUUUCUCCUCGUGGACAAACGAUCGCUUCGGCACCAUGGCCCCUGGGUCCGAGACACCGCAGGAGUCUGUGGAGGUGAACAAGUUCGUCAACGUACAGGGUGACCACAAGGACAUCGCUCGUGCUGUUGCAAGGGAAGGCAUUGUUCUGCUCAAGAACAAGGACCUGCUUCCGAUUGACCGUAUGGGGUUCACCGACGCCAAGAAGAAAAGCAAGAAGCGAGACCUCCGUGAGAGACACAUGGGCAAGCUCAAGAUUGGCAUCUUUGGCGAGGAUGCUGGGCCAGGAAAGGGUCCCAACGUAUGCAUGGACCGAGCAUGCAAUGAUGGGACUUUAGGGUCUGGAUGGGGCAGCGGUGCUGUUGAGUUUCCGUAUCUCGUGCCUCCUGUCCUGCCUCUGCGGGAAGGGUUCAACAUGUCCAAGGUCCAAUGGUCUGAGUAUCUCACCAACAACCCGUCUUUCGACUCCGACCCGAGCAUCCUCGACCAGGAUGUGUGCAUUGUCUUUGGCAACGCAGAUGCUGGAGAGGGCUACGUACGGUGGUCAGAUGUGGCCGGAGACCGACCGGAUCUUUCGCUGCAGAAGGGCGCUGAUGACCUAAUCGUUAAGGUUGCUGAAGGCUGUGGCGGUGGCACUGGCGAGGUCCUCGUUGUAAUUCAUGCCGUCGGUCCGGUCGUGAUGGAGAAGUGGGUGGAUCUGCCCAACGUAAAGGCUGUCCUUCUCGCCAACCUCCCCGGCCAGGAGAGCGGCAACGCUCUUGCAGACAUCAUCUUUGGUGAUGAGAGCCCGUCUGGUCAUCUGCCUUACACGAUUGGCAAGUCUCUCGACGACUACGGUGCGGGCGGCCAGAUCAUGUACCUACCCAACGGUGUCGUCCCACAACAGGACUUCAGUGAAGGGCUCUACAUUGAUUAUCGCUAUUUUGACAAGAAGGACAUUGCGCCACGUUUCGAAUUCGGCUUCGGCCUGAGCUACACAACCUUUGACUUCUCCGAUCUGCAAAUCACCCAGAUCAAGGACAAGACCGCUCUUCCCGCAGCCCGGCCGCAGCCUGGGGCCACACCCCCAAAAUACAGCGACGAGCUGCCUGACGCGAGCGAGGCACUCUGGCCUGCCGACAUCAGGAAGCUCGACAAGUAUAUCUACCCCUAUGUAGAUACCGUCGAAGAACUCGUCGCAGAUCCUUACCCUUAUCCCGAUGGGUACAAAACGAAGCAUGCGCUGUCCCCUGCAGGAGGCGACGAAGGAGGCAACCCGGACUUGUGGGAGACGUACGUGUCCGUUCAUGUGAACGUGACCAACACGGGCGCCAAAGCCGGCAAGGCAGUGGCACAGCUCUACCUGUCUUACCCUAGCCCACAGGACGGGAAGAAGGCAGUCGAUUUCCCUGUGAGGGUGCUCCGCGGCUUCGAGAAGGUGCACCUCGAGCAGAAGGAGGUCAGGACAGUCGAAUUCAACCUCACACGACGAGAUCUGAGCUACUGGGACGCGGAGAGGCAGAACUGGGUGCUGGUCACCACCGGACAAUACACAUUUACGGUAGGCCAGAGUUCGAGAGACCCGAAGGCCACUUCUGGGAAGUGGUGAGGUAGAUGGGAGCUUUUGUUUUCUUUGGUGAAUAUUAUAAUCUUGGAUGCCGGUUUCUUUUGUGCAAACCAACUAAGUACUGCUCAUCGUCAUGAUCAUGAUUAUCAUCAAUUCCUAUCAUCAUCCCC